AUGAAGGUCCAAGUUCAAACAGUAAAAAUGCUCAAAUUAAGGAUAGUACCCCAAAAAAUAUCUUUUUUAAUAAAAAGAACAAUGUCUACACAGGAAUCAGAUGUGUUAUUUGAAACAAUAAACAAUGCUGGCAUUAUUACUUUAAAUAGGCCUAAAGCUUUAAACACCUUGAACACGUCCAUCGUGUCCAAACUAUUGCCACAGUUAUGUGAAUGGGAGAAGAGCAAAAAUUUAGUUAUUAUUAAAGGUGCUGGUGACAAAGCAUUCUGUGCAGGAGGUGAUGUCAAAAUGGCAAUAGAUAAAGUAGAAGGCCCAAGGUUUUUCUUCAAUGAAUAUAAUGUGAAUUAUCUAAUUGGAAAAUAUAAAAUACCAUAUGUAGCAUUAAUGAAUGGAAUCGCUAUGGGUGGCGGGCUUGGUGUAUCAGUUCAUGGGAGAUACAGAGUAGCCACUGAGAAAACAAUGAUUGCCAUGCCUGAGACUAAAAUAGGGUUAUUUCCGGAUGUGGGUGGCUCUUAUUUCUUACCAAGACUGCCAGUUAACUUAGGACUCUAUUUAGGAUUGACAGGUGAUAGACUAAAAGGCAAAGAUGUAGUCAAAUCGGGCAUAGCCACUCAUUUUGUGUCUAGCCAGCGUCUGUAUGAGUUAGAGAUGCUAUUAUCCAGAUGCACAAGUGAGGGAGAAGUACAAGCUUUACUUAACAAGUUCAAUGAGCCCCCCGAGGAGUUUUCACUAGCACCAAAUAUUAAACAUAUAAAUUAUUGUUUUGCCGCUUCCACUGUAGAGGAAAUUAUUGAGAGACUUGAGAAAGUUCAGAAUGACUGGUCGAUUAAGACAUUAAAGUCUCUGAGUCAAAUGUGCCCUGGCUCCCUCAAGAUUACCAUGAGAACACUGCAAAGAGGUGCUCAGUUAGAGCUGCCACAGUGUCUGAAGAUGGAGUACCGGGUAGCAUGUCACUGCACACUGAAUCAUGAUUUCCCUGAAGGAGUCCGAGCCCUACUUAUCGAUAAAGACAACAAUCCACAAUGGAAACAUAAAACUUUAGCAGAAGUUGAUGACGAUUAUGUGGAGGACUUUUUUAAGAAACUGCCUGAUGAUAAAGAACUUAAAUUCUUCGACUCCAAGCUC